UUAUAUACAAGAUUGCCAACAUACAGAAAUCAAAUGGUAAUAAUGUAUAAGAAGAAGAGAACAAUAGUAUACCAUGUGAUUUUGUUAAGCAAAUCAUCAGUGCGGGCCUUUCGUCACAUGUAAUAGUGUUUUAUUCUUUUAUUCUGUUCACACAUUACUUGUUAAUUUAUUAACUUCAUUUUUUACGAUUUAGUACAACUUUAAGCAUAUAAAAAAAGUUUAAUGACAUUUAAUAUUUUAUUAAAUUUAAAAUGUCAUCAAAGACAACACAGAUCUCUGAUACACUUAGAAUUCUUCAUUUACCACCAGAACUUUCUGAUGAACGACGUAAUGAAUUAUUUAAAAAAUAUGGUGCUGUUAAAACACAAACUUUAAGACUAUCUAAAAAGUAUACUAUAACUUUUGCAAAAUUUCAAUCUCAAGAAAUAGCUACAGAAGCAUUACUACGUUUACAUCAAUUAAAUGUCAAAGGUCAAUAUUUGACAGUUGAAUUUGCUAAAAAGUCUAUAUCAAUAGAUAAAGAAGAUAAUAUUGAUAAUGAUAAACUUAUUAAAGAAGAAAAUAAGAAAGAAUAUAUAAACAAAUCCAAUUUUCAAGCAUUUUUACAAAAAUUAAAUAGUUGGACUAUGAAUCAAGUUUUUACUCAACCACCUCCACCAAAUAUUCAAUACAAAUAUUCAGCACCAACAAAAGGCACUUUAAUAAGAAUAUCCAUACAAUUAUUAAAAGAACCAGCAUUUUAUACACAAGUUUUACAUUUAAUGAACAGAAUGAAUUUGCCACCUCCUUUUGAAGAAUUAGAAUCAGAAUUUCCAGCACUUAAAGAAGUCUAUAAUAUAGAAAAAUAUAAAGAUAUAUUUUUAAAAGAAAAUAUAUAUGAUAAAGAAAAUGAAGAUGUUUGUAAUGAGGAAUCAGAUGAAGAAGAAUCUGAAAUAGAAUCAAAUGAAGAAGACAAUAUAAAAUCUAUAGAAAUUAUACCUGUUAAAAGAAAACGUCGGCAACAUAUAAAACGUUUGAAAAUUCCAAAAUUUAUUAAUCCUAGUAAACAUAUAACAUCUUCAAGUUCUACACAAAAGAUUGUAAAACCAGCAGAUAUGUUUGAGCCAAUACAACGUGGUGAAACAAAAAAUCUUAAAAUUGAACUGAAAAUGGUAGAUAAAUUAUUGAGUACAUCAAAUAAAGAAGAAAAUACUGAUUUUAAAAAUGAUAAUACUCCAGAUAGUGGUUUUGGAUUAAUGUUUCCAAUUUCUAAAAAUCUUGAUACUAUAGAAAAUAAUGAAAUCACUGAGAAUAUUGAUCAAGAAAUAAUUACAUCUAAUGAAUUAGCAAAUAAUAGAAUUUCAGCUAAUGAUCAGAGAUUGCUUCCUGUAUUUAAAAAUUAUCAUCCUGGAAAGCCAUCAAAUCGUUUAUAUAUCAAAAAUCUUGCAAAACAAGUUGAAGAAAAAGAUCUCCAUUUUAUUUAUCGAAAAUAUAUAAUAUCCGAAUUAAAAACAGAAUUUGAAUAUGAUGUGCGACUUAUGCAAGAGGGUAGAAUGAAAGGUCAAGCAUUUAUUACAUUGCAGAAUGUAGAACAAGCACAAUUAGCUCUUGAUGAAACAAAUGGUUUCAUUUUAAAGGACAAACCUAUGGUUGUACAGUUUGCUAAAAUAGCAAAAAAUUAAUAAGAAUGUUGGAAUAUUAGAAUAUUUUGUCUAAUAUAUUCUAUAUAUGUAUAUAU